UCGGUCGAAAAUGACCUUCGUACUAUUUGAAGGCACGUGGCAGUGGGUUCGAUAUCCGAUGGGGAUUUGCAACGCGCCUGCCACGUUUCAGCGGGCUAUGAAUGUGACAUUCCAUAACUUCGUCAAUAAGACGCGGCUAACUCAGGGGAUGGUUAACUUCUACGUCAUCGUGUAUAUGGACGACAUCCUGGUCUACUCGGAGACCUAUCACGGGCAUGCACAACACAUCGAGUGGACGCUAGGAGCUCUGAGAGAUGUUGGGUUCAAGAUCGCGCUCGAGAAGAGCGAGUUUUUCCUCUCGGAAAUCUCGUUCUUGGGAUACGUGGUGACAUGUGGAGGACUGCGGCCAGACUCGAGAAAGGUCGCGGCGGUGAAAGACGCCCCUGUCCCCACGUCAUUGACGCAGGUUCGAGCUUUUCUGGUGCUGGCAUCGUAUUAUCGUCGCUUCAUCAAAGGCUUUACCGCAAUUGCGCGACCUCUAACGAACCUACUGCAGAAGGACCAGCCCCUUAGCUGGGAUGCAGAGUGCAAACGGGCCUUCACCACUCUCAAGAACGCCCUGGCUAUAGCGCCUAUUUUGAUCCGACCGGACCCUAUGAAGCAGUUCAUUCUUAUCACGGACUGGCAUACGGAGGCGAUCUCCGCUAUUCUAGCGCAGAAGGGGAAUGACGACCGAGAACACGUCAUCGAGUACACGUCUUGUACGGUGCCAGACGAACGAAGGAACGAUUCGGCCCCGCAGGGCGAAUGCUACGCAGUGGUCUGGGGGAUUCAGCACUUCCACCCGUACUUGUACUUGUACGCUCAGAAGUUCCUCCUUGUAACCGAUCACGAGCCAUUAUUGGCUCUGAAGAAGCUCAUUAAUUACAUGGGUAUGAUUGGACAGUGGACGGUGCACCUACAGGAUUACGACUUCGACAUCAUCCAUCGAAAGACAGAGAGGAACGACAACGCGGACCGGCUGACACGUUUGCAUCGCCCCGCUAAGGUACCUAAGGGUGAAGAAAUCAUUCCGUGGAAGGAACCGGAGUCAGCGAACGAACCCAAGUACGGACAAGUGGCAGUCCUUCCACGUGGCAAGAAGCAGGCAAUUAGCAAUGGGUGACAUAGGUAAUCUUGUGACUUGCGAAGCAAUUUCGCGCGUCUACUUGGUCCUUAUGAGUUCUAGUGGGGAGGGAUAUAACACAGGAUUCGUGAAAACCUAACAAAACAAAUUGUCAGGUUUGCACGAAAUGUAUUCAAGAUUAUGAUAGUACGUUUUUCAGGCGGCCUCCAGGAACAAAAUUCUACGUGAAGU